CUUUCCGUCUUUAGAGCCGUUACAUUCCGACAUGGAUGGCAGCUGCGCUAUCGGGGCUGACGUCGCAGUAACGCUGCACCGCAUCUCUGCUGCCGCGCCAGCACAUCCCGCCACCAUGGAUAGUGCACCACCUUGGCCCACGACCCUUCUUGCCAAGACUCUCCUCUCUUGCAUCCGGCCUUCAUUCCUUAUGCCCAUCGCCUUCUCCGGAUGGAGCCCACUCACUCAUACCAGCACGCUAGCUUGAUUUGCCCGGGGCUUGUUCUUGAUGCAUGAUAGUCGUUCUCGUUUUCCCCCACAUUGCCAGGGGGCUCCUCCCCUGGCGGCUUCCCGUCCGUUCCCAGGCACUGGUCAUCUCACUGCGCAUCUAUCUACAUCUUCCGUCCGACCAAGACAAUCCACCUGUCCAGCCGCCACCAGCGCUGGUGCUACGGGAGGAUAAGUAAUCAGAAGCAGCCACCAACGUUCAUCGCGAUCUGUCCUGGAUGUCCAGUCAUCCCAUCCGUUUUCGCUGGGUGCAUAGUGACGGUCUUGCACAAGAUUGAGUGACGAGCUGCCCAGGGCCAGUCUCUUGCCCGCAUCCCUGCCGAGCCUCAGCCCCAGCCGCCAACCCCCUUUCCCAGAUUGCACGAAGCAAUCGUGCUAUCGGAGGCCCGCUUCUCAGCUGUAUCCGGCAGCGCGGAAGUAGGCAGCUUUACCGGCUCGGCGACCACCGCCGGCCGUGAAACUCAUCCUCAUUGCCUGCACGGGUACUCUGUUCGGCUAAGUAGCUUGGUGAUAGAGCACCCAAAGAGCAGCGCGCCAGGAUGUCGCCCAGAACGCCACCAUCCUCACUCGCCGCCGCGGGCACCGACAGCAUCAAGCAGUCCAAGGCCUCGCAGCUGGGAGCAGGGGUAACGGGACAUAGCAAGCCUUGCACCGCCUGCCGUCGGAGAAAGGUCAGAUGCUGCAAGACCCAGCCCGGUUGCGCCAACUGCUCCAGGCACGGGCUGGUCUGCAUCUAUGACUCUGGCGACGGCGCCUCGGCGUCUGUUAUCGCUUAUGGCGCCGAUCAGGCCGCCCUCUACGACCGUAUAGACCGCCUGGAGCGCCUGAUCGAGGAAAUGUCCACUUCGUACCUUGCCAUGCAAAGCAACUUUCCGAUGCAACCACACCUGUACCCCUACGCCCACAUCCGCGAGAGACACGCCUCGUCGCCAUCUCAAAGAAGAACACCAGACAGGUCGUCCCCCGACUGGAGUAUCGAUAGCUACGCUACUGAGGACCAGAAUAUUCUUCGAUCGGAGCGCGAGGACCACGGCACUCAAGUAUUCGAGCCACACGUCGGCUACUAUAUGAGCUCGACAUUCUGGAUGAACUUGCAUGAGUUUACCAGCGAACCGCGCUGCCUGCUGGACGUGCCGUCGGAACCCAAAAUCCAGCCCGCAGUCUGGCCGUUCGCGGCAGCGUCCAGCGUUGUGGCUGGUGGCUUGGCGUCAGAGGGCAUGUCACGCAUGCACCUCCCCCUUGACAAGGAGAAUUUUCUGCUCGACUACUUUUGGAAGAAUGUCCAUCCGUUCGUCAACAUCAACCACAGACAAGCGUUCCGGGACCAGCUUCAAGACUUCCGCAGGGGUGCGUCUCCCAUACGCAAGGAGUUCGAGGCAACCAUGCUCUGCCAGCAACUGCUCGGCGCUGCUGCCAUGAGCGAGGAUCAGGCGCAACAGACACUGGCGCAAAGCAAGGGAGAGCUGGUGUCGCAGCUCCGCCUGGCGGCCGAGACGGCACUUAGUAGGGCCGAUAUACUACGCACGCGGAAGUUUAUUGGCUUCCAGGCUUUGGUCUACUACAUAUGUUACUUGUUUGGCGAAGGCCAGGCUGAACAAGCAAUAGCUCUGACAGGCUUGGCAGGGCGCGUCGGCAUGCGACUCGGCUUACACCGAGACCCCGGGAACUACAACAUUGCGCCCUGGGUGGCUGAGAUGCGAAGGCGGUUAUGGAACACACUCCUCAUCCUCGACAGCCAGAUGUUCAACGGAGAGGGCGCCGAGUCAGCGCUGGAGCCGCUCUCCAACGUCCAGCGGUCCAUGAACGCCGAAGACUGCGAGUGGAUCGUGUCACGCUUUGCCAAGCCUCACAGCACACCCGUUGACCGCGAAGGUUGGACGGAGCAGUCGCAUUCCAUCCUCUGGAGCGAGAUGGUGAGGCUGACACGGAGGCUUGGAAGAAUGUCACUGGCAAUGGUACCACCAGAAGAGAUGUACCGUCUCAUCGACGAGACGGCAACGUACCUCACUGGCAGGUUCGUUGGGUGCGUCGACGAGUCGAACCACAUGCAGGUCAUCACUCUGUCUCGAUUCCGGGCCGAGAUAGCACACCAAAGGUUAUCUAUAGGGCUUAACAGCCUGCAGUUGUCGAGGACGCCAAGUACGGCAGACCAAGGACCUCUGUUCUUGCAAGCAAUUGACGUGCUGGAGGAGACGUCGCGUGGCGAGGCCGUAGCGGUGGCCCACGGCCUUGGAUGGCUGUACAAGUGGCCUGUCCCAUGGAACGCACUGGCAUUCGUGCUUACAGGCCUAGCCCGGAUACCGCAGUCCCAUCCCAACGCGGACCGCGCGUGGGAGCAGGUCGAGCUGGCGUUCCGACGCCACGACAACCCCGACGUGGCCGCAUGGCGCGCCAUCGAGCAGCUCUGCGACCAAGCCAUGUACUACCACCCACACCGCAUGCAUGCAGGCUACACUUACGCCACCCGCGCCGCCCCCGCCGCCCGAGCCUCGCCUGCCAUGUCGUCAAAGUGUUCGGGAGCGCCCGCCCGCGAAGGUGUCAGCAGGGGCGGUUCGUUGUCCCCGGCGCCGCGCGUGGCCUCUGCCGGCGGAACUCGGUCGCCGGCCGUGACGGCAGCCGCGUCAUCCACCGCCCGCUUGUUUGGCGACAUGCAGCUUCUGCCCCCGGACAUGGGCGGGGAAGUGUCGGGGACGUCUUUCGGAUCCUACGGCCAGGGGUACGUCGGCGUCGACAUUGGCUCGCAAGGCGGGUCCAUGGUGGGUAUCGAUGACCCCAUGAACCAUCUUCUCUACUCUGACUGGAAUGCCGACCCGAGGCGGCUCUCGGGUGGCUUCUAGGUGUGGGCUCGGCCUUUCUGCUCUUGCUAGGUGAAUGCUAUCUUUCUUUGACUAUGGUUGGAAACAGCGGGAGUUAUUUAAAGAAACAAAUAGGCAUGGCAAUCAGUUUACUGGGUCAAGGAAUAGACAGCAUACUGGGAAAAGCAGCCCCGGAAAUUUCUUCAAUUCGAUUCCACCCCCCCUUUAUCCAUCCCGACCGACUUCUUGCCAAG